AUGACCAAGCCUGUUGUCGCAAAUGUGCCAGAGCCGCGAGUCCAGGAUCUCUCGGGCUCAAGCAGCUCUGGCGAAUCCGACCAGGACGCGCCUCUUGGCCAGCGCCACGGCUCCCUCGACGAUAAGGAGGAAGGCCAAUAUCAUUUUGCGCCUCCUGUCUCCACGACGCCCAUCGAUGAGGUCCCUCCGCUAAGCAGCGGAGCAGCGUACGGCUGGAAUACAACGGUGCAGCCUCGUUCUCGCGCCGUCGGCAGCAUUGGGGGGACUCUUGGGCCUACCGACAGCCCACCACCCAUCCAGACGAACGGCAUGAGCAGCGGACGAGGUACGAGGCCCAGCGCCGUCAGGACACCGUCGAAUGCAUAUGCCCCGGCUCGCCGCCCGCAGCAGUUCUCCCUCAACACCACGACGAGCCGCCAUCGCAAUUCCUCAACGAACCGUGCCCGCCGCAACCCCAAUGCAGAGUACCGCGCCCAGGAAAAGGCCUACGUGCAGAGGAUCCGGCAAGAGAACGAACAGGAUGAGUUCUUCAGUGACAUGCGCACCCCGAGUCUAGGAUACAGCACCGACACGGAUUCGGACGACGAGUCGCCGUCUACGGCUGAGUAUCCCGAAAACGACCCUUACGACCAAGAGACACUGUUGUACUAUGGCAAUGACGACAUGCAGCCCUCGGUUGAGGAGCUCAAGAUACCGGAGAACCGGGAAAGGCUGGAGUGGCAUUCCAUGCUCGCCAGCGUCCUAACUGGGGACGUCGUCAAACAAGAGAAGAAGCGACUGAUAGGCGGCGCGGAACAACAGGGCGACAACAGCUUAAAGGCUGAGAUAUGGAUGGGCAUCCGAGCCAAGGUGUGCGGGAGGCCGCUCCAAGCACAACGGCGAGUGGUCGAUGAUGGUCGCUCCCACAUUAAGACACAUUUGGAAAGCAUCAUCGCCUUCGAGGUGCAGGGUGCUGCAGAAGCAGGUCAGACUGCCGCAGCUCAGGUGGAAGAGAUUGUCAAGAAGAUUGAAAAGUGCGAAUGUCUCUAUCCCACGAGACAAGCGUUGGAGGUAGCGUAUCCCAGGGCAGCCUCUCAGGCCUACAAGGACAGCUGCGAAGCUGUCAUGGCAUGGCACAACACUACUGAACUCAUCAACACCGAAAUGUCGAUUCUCAAAAAAUGGGUUGGCAAUGAUGAGCUGGACUUCUCCAAACCACGAACACGCUCCUCCCAAGACCACCAUCUGGCGGACGACUCCUCAUUCAUUGACCGCAUUCUAAAGGAAGACGGCCUCAAGUCCCUUCAGGGGAAUACCAGUCUACUCGUGGCCCUAGAAAAAGUUAUACAUAAAGCCAAAGCGACUCUCAUUGCGAAUGCGGAAGGCUUUGCAGACCGCCAUCUGCCGCCGUAUAUUGAGGAAUUGCUGACCCUCAUCAACUUCCCUUCUCGUCUUGUCCAGGAAAUUAUCCGUAUGAGGCUCUCAUAUGCCAAGAAGAUCAAGGAUCCAACUCAACAGGGCAUACUGAUGGCCGAGCAAAUGAUUUCCCAGUUUCAGAUCCUUCUCACACUUGCAUGUAGGAUCAAGGAAAGCUACACUAUCAUAUCGAGACCAGAACCAGGGUGGGAUCUUCCCCCGUGCAUUGAGGAGAACUUCGAUCUUGUGGUACUGGACGCUCUAAAGUUUUAUUUCAAAAUGCUUAACUGGGAACUGUCUGCCAAUAAGAAUACGUUCAAGGAAGCCGAAAUCCUUGAGCAAGAGUGGGAAUUCUCAAAUAAGCUUGGCCGACAACUUGAAGGUGGUGACGUCGAGGUCGCCGAACAAUUCAGUUCUCUUACGUCGAAAUCCCUUUCCAGGCUAACAGCUCAUUUUGACAAAGAACUUCAACGUCCACCCGAGGAACUCACAGGUGUCGAAAUGGAGAAACGAUACAAGCAGAUCCUCGAUUCUGUGCGUGUUAGGCAGCGGAAGCUGUUCAGGUUCUCAAGGCUCCUCACACAACGUUUCGAGAAUUGCACUGAAUACAACAUUAAUCACAUCGAACUUGACCAGGACCAGCUAAAUGAACUCUACGAUGCUUUAGUCAUGACGGGUCACUUUCUCGUUGAAGCACAGGGGGCCAACAACAUCGACAUGUACAUUCUUGCAUCACCUGCUCUACAAGACAGGCCUAAGGACAUCCAGUCCCUUUUAACCACCUGCUACCACGCGGAGGAGAACCCAGAGGAUCCUUCAAACCCCUAUGUGCUCAUUCUCCGCCCAGAGGAUCCGCUGUUUUGGGGUGGGAAGAGGAUGGGUGCAGAUAUUCGGGUACCACAUCUAGACCUGAAGGGUAGCAGAUUGCGAUUAGUGGCCGAUGGCUCACAGCAACGUCUAGCAAACGCAAAUGUUACUUUCUCGCAAGUAGUGGGCCUGGACUUGACAAAGCUGAUCGAGCAGCGAGCCAACUUACCUCGCGUCAACCAAGAGUUGCAAAAGAUCAAGAAGACAGCGUACAAGCUCUCCAACACCAUCAUGGACAGUGUUGAGAUCAUCAGGAAGCAGACAGCCGGGCUUGAAUGCCAGGAUCUGAUUCAGACCUGCUUUGCGUUUGCCACUGAAUUUGGCCAGCGCUCGGUCUAUUACAUGGACCCCAAUCGGCGAGCACUAAACAAUCUGAAGCUGACCAGAUUGGCAUUAGACUGGGUCAGCUUUAUUUGCGACGAUUGUGUUGCUUCGGACCGCAAAACAUUCCGAUGGGCAGUGGUUGCGCUGGAGUUCGCGAUGAUGAUGACUCGGGGACAGAACAUAUUGUCAAUCAGCGACGAAGAGUAUUCCAGGCUGAGAUUGAAAGUAGCUGGCUGUAUGUCGCUACUUAUCUCCCAUUUCGAUAUCAUGGGAGCGAGAUCCACUAUUGCCGCCCAAGCGGAGAGGCAACGCCUGAACGCCAUAGCAGGCAAGAGCUUGAUCGACCCCAAAAAUCUGAAAGACGAUGAAGAGUCGAUCAAAUUGACUCAAGCUCAAUGGACGCUGCAGCUUGAGGAGAUUGAUGCCUUUAGAAAGGAAAAAGAAGCCGAACGCCAGGCCCUUGGAAGAGUUCUAGAAGACUCUAACGAAGCAGAUCGAGCCCUCACAUAUUUAUCCUCUUCUUCUACAAACGUCACAUUGCGGUGGCAGCAGGGGCAGUUCGUUGGUGGUGGCACAUUUGGUUCCGUUUACGCGGCUAUGAACCUCGAUUCGGGUCAUCUUAUGGCAGUUAAAGAAAUUCGCCUUCAGGAUCCCCAACUUAUCCCUACCAUUGUGGCACAGAUUCGAGACGAGAUGGGGGUCCUCCAGGUUCUCGAUCACCCUAAUAUCGUUUCUUAUUACGGUAUCGAGCCACACCGAGACAAGGUGUACAUCUUCAUGGAGUACUGUUCCGGCGGGUCCCUGGCAGGGUUGCUUGAGCAUGGACGGAUCGAGGAUGAGACGGUUAUCAUGGUGUAUGCCCUGCAAAUGUUGGAGGGUUUGGCUUAUCUGCACGAAAGCGGUGUCGUCCACCGCGACAUCAAACCAGAAAAUAUUUUGCUCGACCACAAUGGAGUGAUUAAGUUUGUCGACUUUGGAGCAGCCAAAGUCAUUGCAAGAAAGGGUAGGACUCUUGCCGCAGAUCAUGCGGCCACCAAACAAGGUCUUCAGCAGCCGGGAACGGCAGGGGGAGGCGGCGGCACCCCGAUGUACAUGUCUCCCGAGGCCAUUCGAGGAGAAGAUCAUGGUCGCCAUGGUGCGGUCGAUAUUUGGUCCCUCGGCUGUGUUAUUCUCGAGAUGGCCACUGGAAGACGACCUUGGGCGAGCCUCGACAACGAAUGGGCGAUCAUGUAUAACAUUGCCCAAGGCAACUCCCCACAACUCCCUACCACGGACCAGCUCAGCGAGCAAGGUAUUGACUUUCUCAAUAAGUGCUUUGAGAAGGAGCCUGCUAAGCGAGUGUCCGCUGUUGAACUUCUUCAGCACGAUUGGAUCAUGACCUUGCGGGCCCAGUUGUCACUUGAGCCUCAGACGCCGCAAACGCCGAGUGAGACUUCGAGCAGCUCUGGACCAGGUAGUGCUUCCAGCACCCGGCACAACUCCACCAUCUACAGCUAA